AUGAGUGAAAAGAAAUGCAAACAAUGUAGUGGAGAAUUAGCAUAUGAAGGAGAUAUGGUUGUAUGUACAAUUUGUGCAACAGUUCAAGAGGAAUUUGUCUUGGUAGCCGAUCAUCAAGAUUUAAAUGUUGUUAGUGUUGAUAGAAGUACUUCAAAAUAUAAUGGUAAAAGAACAUACUUUAAUAGAAAUUCAAGUUCUCAAGAAUAUUAUGAAAAAUUUGAAAAUAAAUUAAGUAUUAUUUGUAAUUUAUUAAAAUUAGGUGAAAGUACAAAAAUUCAAAUGAGAAAUCAUUAUUAUUUAGCAUAUGCAAAAUGGAGGAAAAUAAAAAGAGUUGAUAGAAAUUUCGAAUAUGUUUGUGCAGCGCUAGCAUAUAUUUCCACUAGAAAAGAGGAUAAAGGAUUAUGUUUAAUGGAUAUUGGAAUUAGAUUAAAUUUAAAGUAUUAUACAAUUGGUGUUUUAUCAAUGAAAAUUCAAAGUGCAGCAGGUAUUAAAGUUGAUAUUUUACCAGAAUUUGGAUACAUGGAAAGAGGUGUACAAAUAUUACGUAAACUUUAUUUUUAUACACGUGAAGAAUGUGAAGCCAUUAAAAGAUUGGCAUCGGAAUUAGUGAAAUUUUCAAAAGUACGUGGAAUUGCAGAGGGAAGAACACCAACAAGCACCUAUUGUUCAAGUUUAUACCUUGCUCAACUUCAUAAAUUAUCGACACUUAGUGACUACAAUGCAGAGAAUGAUAGUGCAAGUUCGUACCUUGAAAAUUCUCAAAUAACAACAUUGGUUCAGUCACCUGUAAAAAAGAGAAAAUUAAAAACUAAAACUGCAAAUUCCAUUACAAUGCAACCCUAUCUAAAUGAUUUAAACACUGAAAUGAAUGCACCAAUCCAUGCAACUCGUUUAAGAGUUAAAGAAUUGGAAAGUCAUCUUUUAGCUCAUGCUCAAUCAAAUUCAAUGUUUUCAACAUUUGUAAAUGAAAAGAACAUUUAUCAAUGGAUACCAUUAUUAUUAAAAGAUUUUUUCAUUAUGACUUCAGAUAUUAAUAAAAAAGAUAAUCAAGAUGAUAAUAAUCAAGAUAAUAAUAAUAAUAAUAAUAAUAAUAAUAAUAAUAAUAAUGAUGAUUCACAAGAUGAAGCAAAUUUAGAAAGAGAAAUUGAAAAUGAUAAUGAUGAAUAUGAUAGUGAUAGUGAUGAUAAUGAUAAUAAUAAUAAUAAUAAUAUUGCUGUUGACGAUGAGAAUCUAAACAAUAAUAAAAUUAAAAGUGUAAAUAAUAUUAAUGUAAAUGUAAAUAAUAAUAAUAAUGAUAAUAAUAAUAAAAGAAUUAAAAAAGAUUAUCAAAAUAAAAGUAGUGAUACUGGUGGUGGUAGUGAUAUUAAUAUGUCAAUGGAAAUUGGUAGUAGUGAAGAUGAAGUUAGUAGUAGUUUUAUGAAUUCAUCUGAUUUUGGUGGUGGUGAUGAAUCAUCAUCAUCAUCUUAUAGUGGUCAUCAAUUAGGUUCAAAAAGUGGUAAAAAACAUUUUUACAAAAUGAUAAUUUCACAAUCAAGUAUUCCUCCACCACCAUCUUAUAUUUUAUCACUCUAUAAAAGUAUUGAAAGAAAACUUUGUGUCAUUCAUGCAAAGUUUAGAUUGGCCUAUAAUGGUGGAUAUGAUAAAAAGAAAAUCACACAACAAGAUCAACAAUUCUUUCAACAAUACAAGAGAUACUAUCCAACUCAACAAUCAAAGAAACAAAAUUUAGAAAUUGAAAAACUUUUGAUUAAUAAUAUCGAUGAGUCAAUCAUUUUAGAAGGUUUCAAAGAUUUCGAUGAAAUUGAAUUGGAAAAAUAUCUCAAAGAAAAUAGUGAUCUCUUUAAAAAAGAAGAUUUAAAUGAAACUGAUAUCUCUGAUGAUAAUUUAAGUCUUUAUUUAAAAUCUCCCGAUGAAAAAUUAUUUUUUCAACAAAUCCAAGAAAAUUAUUAA